CAGACUGCUGGAUAUCUGCUGGAAACCACAGCUUCAGCUCCACCACAUAGUUCUCCCCCAGCACUGUGUGACUGAAGACGAGGGUCUUUGCAACCAACAGAGGAACUUCAGAGUGGAGCAGGAGGAAACAGAAUAUACACAAACUAAAAAGGAAGGCCUGGACCCCGAACCUCAACCUCCACUUAUUAAAGAGGAGCAGGAGGAACAAGAACCUCCACAGGCUCAGGAGGAACAGGGGCAAUUAGAAACUUAUCCGAUUAAAGACGAGCAGGAGGAUCCAGAACCUUCCCCGAUGAAAGAGGAACCAGGAGAACUCUGCAUCAGUCAGGAUGAAGAGCAGCUUGAUUUGAAGCAGGAGACUGAUACCUUGAUGGAGAUUCCUACUUAUGAGGGAAAUGAACACAGUGAAGUAGAUCUAAACAAUCUGCAGAGCUUUAAUGGAACUAAUGGUGAAGAUGAAGAAGGAAACCAACAUGAAGAAUCAACAUCAACUCCAGAUGAAGAGACAGAGCCACAGAACAGAGAUCAGAGGAAGAGAAGAGACAGAAGUCAUGAGCAAAGUGUGGACAGCUCUAACAUGUCAGAAAGUCAGUGUAACUCUGAUGUUAGAAAAAACUUAAAGAAAGGAAAUGUGGUAAAGAAACACAAACAAUCUCUAAUCUCCUCUGCAAAGUCUGGUGAAAGCUCAAGAAUAGUUGGUAAUCGCUUUGUCUACACAAAAACAGACACCGAUAAAAGACGUUAUCUCUGUAAUGAGUGCGGUAAAAGCUUUUGUAACAUGUCUCAGUUCAGAUUUCAUUCAGCAACCCACACAGGGGAGAUGCAGAUUUCUUGUAAAGAAUGUGAAAAAAGUUUUUGUCAAAUAUCAGAUCUCCGAAGACACAUGAUGACUCAUACAGGAGAGAAGCCUUUUCCUUGUAAAUAUUGUGAUAAAAGUUUUACCCGUAUAUUUAAUCUCAAAACACACAUGAGAACCCACACAGGAGAGAAGCCUUUUUCUUGUGAAGAAUGUGGUAAAAGAUUUAGUUGUACUUCUGAUCUCAAAAAACACGUGACAACCCACACAGGAGAGAAGCCUUUUUCUUCUAAAGAAUGUGAUAGAAGUUUUUUUCAAAUAUCUGAUCUCAAAGGACACAUGAGAAGAACUCAUACAGAGGUGAAGCUUUUUUCCUGUGAAGAAUGUGACAAAGGUUUUAGUCAGUUAUCUUAUCUAAGAAGACACAUGAGAUCUCAUACAGGAGAAAAGCCUUUUCCCUGUGAAGUUUGUGACAAAAAGUUUAGCCGUAUAUGUAAUCUCAAAGAACACAUGAGAACUCACACAGGAGAAAAGCCUUUUCUUUGUGAAGGUUGUGACAGAAGUUUUAACCGUAUAAGUAAUCUUAAAAGACACAUGAGAACUCAUACAUUAACAAAGUAUUUUUCUCAUCAAACAAUGUUAUAAAGGAUCUAGUGCAAAAAACUACACUCGCAAUUUAUUGCUGAUAACGAUUGUAGUAGAAGUAUGCAUACCACAAAUGGAUCACCACAUUUUGUGGUGGCGCUAGUUUGAGAAGGAGGCGCACAAAAACAGUUCAGCUAAGCUAAAAUGUUCAAUGAAUAAAUAAAUGACAUCUGAUCAAAAAUGUUCAACAGUUCUGAAGAUGCUCAAACUGCAGUCACCAAACUUUUUCACACUAACUUGUUCUUGUUUAUAGUUGCAUCAUUUAACUUAACUGCUCAAGCUACUUCACAGAAUUUAAGUUUAAGUGUUAAAUGAUAAAAGAAGGUUAAUAAAAGAAAAAUAGGAAAAACACUUGAAUCUCUUUAUUAAAUUUGUUCUCUUAUUAAAGUUGUUACGAAAGUAUUGGAUUGCGGUGUCAGCAAAUACCCAAAAUAAAAUGACUAGGGAUCAGGUUGGGCCCCAAAAAAACUUAAUGGCAACAUCCUUAAUAGUUACCAAAAGCUCUCUUAAAAUAAACAUUAUGGAGCAAAUGAAAACACAAAUUUAGAGAUGGAGUGUUCAAUCCAAAUAAAGGAAAUAUAUAUAUAUUAAAUUUCUUUGACUUUCAUAAUCUAUAAGCUACAAUUAUUGAUCCAAAUAAUAAAUUAUUGAUAUAUUUCAAUAUAAUGACUUUUGAACUGAUUUACAAAGAAAUUGAAAUGUUUUCACAAAAUUAAGUACUUUAGAUCAGGGAUGCUCAUUCCUGGUCCUGAGAUCUACUUUCCUGACUGUUUUCCAGAUCUUCAACCCUGCCAGCUGCUGAUUAGCUCAGUCAGAUGUCUCUGCAUUCUGAUUACCUGGUCCAGGUAAUCAGCAGUAAGCAGUGCAGUGACAGCUGUAAAACAGGCAGGGUGCUAGAUUUCAAGGACCAGGAAUGACCAGCCCUGUUUUAGACGUACCUGUAAAUAGAAAUGUGUUAAUCUGAAUGAAUACAGUCAAAUCGUUAUCUCUUAACCUAGGCACGUUAACCUUGGAGAGUGGGGUCAUUGGGAACCCACAAGACAGAGCGCUGAACUUUUAUUUAUUUUUUGAAUGAUUUUUGAUUUUCACUGAUGUUCAUGGAUACCACAAGGGUUUAAUGGUUUCAUUGUGGUUGUAGGUUUUCCUGAGAGUGUGUAUGUUGUCUUGAGUCUGUUACCACGGCAGCACAAAUAUUUUGUAAACAUUCCUACUUUUUGUUUAAAGCAGUAAUGGAGCGUUUACUUAUCACAUAAAAUGUGUUAAAAUGAUGUGUUAGAAUUAAAGACUAGUUUUAUGGGUCAUGUAAGUAAUUGUUUCAUUAGGAAAAGAUUUAUCUAAAAAUGUAGUAAGUUAGAGUAUGUAUAAAAACAGACUGGUGUUUCUAGUUUGUGUUCUUGUGUUCAUAUUUUCUACUAGAGACUAGACCCGUUUACCUGUUCUUUUUAGUUUUCAUUGUUCUGUCCCUAUCUUUACUGGGAAGAAUAAAUUGGAUGUGAACAUCA